AAUUCCAUUCCCCAUAAUUCCACCCUACCUAUUUCUGUGAUCAAAGCAUCUUUAUCCCUUGCAUGGAAGGAUUUUUGUAGAUUAGAUGUCAUAGAAAUGGAGAAGAUGGGACGGUUGGAGAAAGGUCUUAGGUUAAGAGGAAGAUGGAAGCAAUGUGAAUUUCUAAAUGGACGAAUGGUUGGAGAUGGAAGUGUAGCUAACAAAUUUCCAAGACUUCUUUGGCUAUCUGCAGGGAAAGACAAGAAGAUGAAUCAAAUGGGGACGUGGGACAAUGGAGAAUAUGUUCAGCCUACUGUGUAUCGAGAACCACAAUUGGACAUAAAGAAACUUAGGGAUCCAGAGGAAUUUUUUGAAAGACAUUAUUAUGAACUGACCCCAUUUCAUGUUUGCCAUGCAGCUGCACAGGAACGGACAGGUGCUGUUUUUAUGGAUUGGGAUCUGAACAAUCCAUCCAUGAGUGAACGAUCGACCUCGUCAGCUGUGGAAAGUAAUAGCAAGCCCACCGGUUGAGCUCCCACGAGCUGGAGAACGAGUCCUCUAUUUUCCGUAAGGACACAUGGAACAAGGGAAUGUUUGUGUUUAAAUUGAAAUUUCUAUCUUUAGAUGUGGUAAAUUAUUCCAUUUAUUUAUGGGAAUGAUUCUCGUGUUUGGAAUUGGGGAUUCAAUAUUCAAAUAUGGGCAUUCUGGUUGGGAUUGUAUUCUAGUUGGUGGCGUCCAUGAAUAAAGAGAUAAAUAAAAGGAUUCCGCUGUUCAAUCUUCCAUCCAAGAUUCUUUGCUGCGUUAUUAACAUUCACUUUGCUGGUAUUCUCUUUUUCUAGUUUUUAUGUUAUGUUUUAGUUUCUGAGGAAUAAAAAACAAGAAAUGUUUUUGAAUCCUAUGUUCUUUAUUAUUAUUUUUUUCUUUUAGGCAUUUGGUUUUGUAGAUGAAUGAAAUGGCAUUUUUGUC